CCGGUGGUUACGGCCCAUUGAGUGUGUUAAAAAUAGCUUUUUUUGGUGCUUGAAAUAAUAUUUACAGGUAACUACUUCAUGGAUUCAGAACGGAUUCUCUUGGUUGUUGAUUUAAAUCAAAGCCGAUAAGUUCCUCUAUUGCCACCUGGGAGCACCUGCCUUCCAGCACUAUAGCAGGAGCCAUUCAUGCUCUAAGUAUGCAUGGCAUGGUCUUUAGAAUUACUCAACUUUGCCGCUGUUUCGAUAAAUAUUGAAAGGACUCUUUUCAUUCUUUUUUUACUGGUGCAUAUUAUUGUCUUCUAUUACAUGUUGCAUGGGCGUGGUGUCAUCUUUCCAAGAAGGAUAGGUUUAACACUCAUUCUAAUAGUGUCAGUGAUGAACCUCUCUAAAAGAAAGAGAUGUAGACCCCGCAGAAUAAUCAUCUGUAAAAAAAAAAAAAAAAAAAAAAAAGAGCCCUAAAUGUUGGCGGGGGCGUGAGAAUUUGCAGCAAUAAAAAUGUUGACGGG